GUCCAUCUUAGCACCGUCGCAGUUUUCUCCUCAGCCAAGAUGACAAGCCGCCCCCAGAUGAGGCCUACAUCGACCAACUCCUCCAGGAGAGAAAGGCUUUGCUCAAACUUAUCUCCGAGAGGAAGUGUCCAAUCCCGCUCACGCAGUCCAAUCUCUCACGUUGUGAAGGCUGUUGCUACUCCGAAUUCAGUUGUGGAAUUGCCACUAACUGCAGAAAAUGUUGAAAGUGUAUUGGAUGAAAUCCGACCUUAUCUAAUUGCAGAUGGGGGAAAUGUGGCAUUGCAUGGAAUUGAUGGCAACAUUGUACGAUUGAAGCUACAGGGAGCAUGUGGCACCUGUCCGAGUUCUGUUAUGACAAUGAAAAUGGGCAUUGAGUGUCGCUUGAUGGAAAAGAUCCCUGAAAUAGUCGCAGUGGAACCGAUAGCUGAUGAAGAAACUGGUCUUGAGAUGAAUGAGGAAAAUAUAGAGGAGGUACUCGAAGAAAUAAGGCCCUAUCUAGUUGGGGUAGCAGGUGGAUCACUUGAACUUGUGGCAAUUGAGGACCCAAUAGUCAAAGUUCAAAUAACAGGACCAGCUGCAGGAGUGAUGACUGUAACAAUCAAAUUUUCUUAAAGUAAUUAUAGAUUUCUUUUAUGUUUUUUAAUCUUUGAAGAAUAUUUAGCUUUCUGCUUCAAUAUUUAGCAAACUUUUUCCAGGCCCUCAAACCUGUGAAUAUGUAGCUGCAGAUGAUUUAAAUUUGCA